UUUAGCCCAGGCCAAGGGAGGGUGGAGGAGUGAAGGAGUGAGUGCAGGAAAGUGCACACAUACAGGAGAAACAGAAGGAAGGCAGAGAGGAGAGGAGUGAGGGAGGUAAGCCUGUCAUUCCUUGUGGAGCUGAGGUUGAGCACUGUGCUGUUCCAGCGACAGGGGGCAACGCCAGACACAAGGAGAGGAAAGGAGGCAGAGGAGAUCCUCGGAGACCAUCAGGAGGCAGAGACACGUUGGGGAAAUGAGGCCGAGGUCCAGACUGCUGGCUAAACGAGGCCUCCCCACCAUCCGGGAGGGUUCGGAGGAGCUGGUGCAUGAUUUGAACCAGACCAACAGCCAGCACAACAGUGCCCAAGACUACUUCCACUCAAUCUGCCAGCUGGCCCAGCCCACUUUUCCCUUGCGUGAGCCGGAUCGUGACAUCCUAUCCAUCGGCACACUGGACUCCCCCAAGCCAUGCUUGCGGCCACACCGUGUGCGCCAGCUUGUGCAGCCUCUAACCCCCUCCAGCAGUCCCUGUACAUCCCAGCCACCCAAAGAAGACAACACACAACCUGCAGCUUCAGAGCCAGUGAAAACCCAGGGCUCAGAGCAAGACAGAUUUAGCUCCACUGAUCCGCUCGAGUACCUUUAUGGCUACAGAGGGGCAGAAGCAUCUUCCUGUUUGUCGAAAUGCAGUAGCAAUACCAGGCCAUGUUCUGCUUCCAAUGAUCAGCAGAAAAGCAGUUCAGAGCUGCGUCUGGCAGAAUCUGUUCCGAGUCCAGCUGUGCCACAGCGCUCCCCACUAAGCAGGAAGAAACUAGACAGUUCCAAGUUCGACGGCACCCCUUGUGGAUUGAGAGCGAAGAACACUCGCAGCAUGGACAAGCAAACAAUGGUGUCACACUGGAUCUCCGAGUGUCGAAGCGCAUGGAGGGAGGCACGUAACCGCGCCUGCAUGCUGCCUGCCAUCGCUGAGACAUAAAGCUUCUGCAAGCUGUCAAGACUUUCAUCAGUACAGGGAAAUAUAAGAAAUAGAGACAUGAUUUGACAUCACAAUUCCAGUCUAUACGCAUAUACACAUCCAUUUUUAGGUGUAAACUCAGCAAAAGUGACCCUAUAGAUGGUAACGUGUUAAUGCCACACCAGCUCUAAAUAUUGGUGAUAAAACUGGUCAGUGUCAGUCUAGUUAUGUCCAGUUGUGAUCAAUAACUGUCGAUUGUUUGCAGCCUUUAGUGUCGUCUGGUGAUUAAAAUAAUCAACAAAACAAAACUGCGAUACUGAUUAGAGUAUUUUGUACAUAGAGUUUGUGGAAUACAAACAGUCUGAUGCCUGGUCAAUGCACAGAGUAAAAGAUGUACCAGUGUGGGGUUUUUUUUUUACAGCAUUUAUUUACAGUUUUAAAUAAAAUUCUGUUUUAUGUAUAAGUUUUUAUAUAUGCCCGCUAAAUCAAAGCACUUUGUUAGGCUGUAUGCACUUAUUUCAAAACUCGUUUUGACCAUAUCUAGAGUCUAAAAGAAUCUAGAAAGUCAAUUAUUUGUGUAUGAUAGUCAGAAUUUGUACAGCUUGACAGAUACCCAGCUGCUAAAAGCACAAGACCACUUAAUUAAAAGGGGUUAAAAUGUCAUUUUCUCUUAAGUUUUUCGAAUGUUACUACCAUCCUCUGCCUGCAGUUGCAAAACAACUACUAUUUUAAAAAAUUGGGAUUUCUACAACCAUUCCUUUUCUGUGAGUAAAUAAUUGCACAUACUUCUAAGUCCAAUCAUUUUUAAUGAAUCAAAGUAAUGAUGCGAAUAAUGUAUGUCAAAAUCUGCUAGAUCAAAAAUAUACAUACAUCACAUCAUCAGGAGGCAAAAAGCUUGAUAUUUUUUUAGAAGUGAUUAUGAUUGACUACAGGCUGUGAUUUCUCUGUGUCCAAAUAAAAUAAAGUUAGUUUGACCUGCCUACCGUCCGAUAAUAUUUAAUGUACCACAGGCUUAAAUGCUGCUUUUUUGGAACUAAGAAGUAUGUGUUUAUUUAGUCACAGAAAACUAUUAGUUGCAGAAAUCCUUUAACUUUAAUUUAAUGUUAAUUUAAAAAAGGGAAACGUUUUAAAAGUGCAUGUAAACUUUUGAACUUUUUUUUUUUUAAUUAAGCUCUUAUAAUCAGUGCAAUCAAAACAGUGAGCUUUGUGCCGUUGGGCUAUCUGUUCCUAUCCAAUAAUUUUGGUUAGAUUUUAUUAUUUAUAAUUUAUUUUUAAAAUAAAUUCUUGUUACAUUCAACAAGCUGACAAUAAGAUAUUCAUGUUAUUGACCCAGGGUCUGUAAACAGAAUGAAAAAUCCAACAGAGGUGAUGAACAAUAUUAAACCAAGCAGAAACAGCUGGUGUUUAUUUGUGUUUGAGGUAUGAAUUUAUAGGGAGGGUAUACAUUUGUUGGGUUAAUGAAAAUAAAUAUUUUAGCUUUAACUAAAACAUUUAGCUUUUUUUUAUUCUUAAUUUUUUACUUGAAAAGCUCAUACACUGCUAUUUGUUCAUUUAGUGGAUUCUGGUCUAGAGUAAUCUAGCUUCUAAAAACAUAUUAGUCUUUAAUAUGUUUUUUAAUCUUAACAAUAAACUUUUCUAAAAUUAAAAGACAUUUUUAUCACACAGAUGUUUGGAAAUGGCAAAAUGCCUGCUUCACAUCCUAUAUAUCUCUGUGGUAUUUCAACCUGUUAUAACACUUUUUGACACUGAUGCAUACAUGAUGAGGAAAGCCACUUUGGGACUGCACUGUUAUCUUUAAAUGACUGUUCUCUUUCCCAGACCCUAAAACCUUUAAGCACUGAUUUGGCAUUUCAUUUUUUAGGUAAUUAACUGUUAAAUUAAGAACCAUGCAGAAAAAAAAGUUUGCUUUUUUGUAAAUGAUUUUCUAUUUAUGUAUUUAAAUUUCUUGUAAAUAAUAAUGUUUGCCAAUAAUUUAAAAAAGGACCAAUAGGAAAGAAAGGAAAAUUAGGUGUUAUUUGUAAUGUCUUUGAAAAUGUGUUUGUUUUCCACUUUUUAAAGAAAUAAAAUGCCUGUGUUUAA